AUGCGCUACGCAGAGAGAGGUAGAGAGAGAAGUCGGAGAGUAGAUGGUGGAUCUGAUAUGUGGGACCUACAUUCCAAGGUGGCGGCGGCGGCGGUGCAGGAGCUGCCAGCGCAGCAGUAUCCCCCAGCGGCAGCAAGCAGGGCCAAGUUCAGAGGCGUCAGCAGCAACGGAGGCCAGGACCGGCGAGGCCGACGGAGCGGCCUGGCGUCAUGCGUGCUCGCCGCCUUGGCGGCGUCGUUCUCCCCGCUCGCCGCCGACCGCCCCGCACGGGCCCUUGUGCUCGAGGAGGACGACGACAUCGAGCUGCUGGAGCGCGUCAAGGAGGACAGGAAGAAGCGCCUGGAGAAGCAAAGGAUCAUCAGCGCCUCAGGCGCCGAGACUGGGUACUUGCAGGACCUCAUCUACAAGUUGAGCAAAGUUGGGCAGGCCAUUGACAAGGACAAUCUCCCAGACGCGAGCAGCGUCCUGGGUCCAAGCACAGAUGCCCAGUGGGUGCAGAACAUCAAUGCAGCUUUCUCCAAGUUCAGCUCGAGCCCAGAGGAGAGGAGCACGGUUGAUAGCUUUAACGCCUCCUUGGCCUCAUUGUUCACAUCAGUGAACAAGCUUGAUGCUGGAUCCUCCAAGUCGGCGUUUGUGUCGUCAGCCACAGCGUUGGAGAAAUGGAUAGCGUUAGCCGGGCUGAGUGGCCAGCUCAAAGGCUUCUGAUAUGCGAGUGAAGUGGCUUGCUGACAAAUAGCUGGGUGCUUCUCUUACUCGAAGCACUGGCUGUGAUCGCAAGACGUGUAUGCAUCCGGCACUUGUGAAUCUUCUAAAGAGGGUACCGUAACAGAGAACUGAGCUCACUUGGAGAA